AUGAAUCAAUUUCAGCAAUUUGCAAUUACUGUUGCUGGAGGAAAUGGACGUGGACAGAAAUCAAAUCAACUCUACUAUCCUUUUGGGUUUUUUAUUGAUAAUGAUAAAUCAAUUUAUAUUGCUGAUUGUGAUAAUCACCGUAUUGUUAAAUGGAAAUUGAAUUCAAAUGAAGGUCAAAUUAUUGCAGGUGGAAAUGGACAAGGAAAUCAAAAUAAUCAAUUGAGUUGUCCAAGAAAUAUCAUUUUUGAUAAAAAAAACAAUUGUUUUAUUAUUUCUGAUUAUGGGAACAAACGAGUAAUUCGAUAUUUUGAUACAAAUCAAAUAAAUCAACAAACUUUUAUUUCAAAUAUUGAUUGUUCUCGUCUGACAAUCGAUAAAAAUGGGUUUAUAUAUGUUUCUGAUCCUGAGAAUCAUGAAGUAAGACGAUGGAAACAAGGAGAUAAACAAGGUGAAUUAGUUGCAGGUGGAAAUGGUCAAGGAAAUCAACUUAAUCAACUCAGUUAUCCUACUUUUAUGUUUAUUGAUGAAUAUUAUUCUCUUUAUAUAUCUGAUCGUGACAAUCAUCGCGUAAUGAAAUGGAAAAAAGAUGCAAAAGAAGGAACUGUUGUUGCUGGUGGAAAUGGUGAAGGAAAUACUCUCACACAAUUGUAUCGUCCUCAAGGAGUGAUUGUUGAUCAUUUGGGUCAAAUCUAUGUGGCAGAUUGUGGGAAUCAUCGAGUAAUGCGCUGGUGUGAAGGAAAUGCAGAAGGUGAGAUUAUUGUUGGUGGAAAUGGUCAAGGAGAUCAAUCAAAUCAAUUGAAUUGUCCCAUGGAUUUAUCAUUUGAUAAUGAAGAAAAUCUUUAUGUUGUUGAUAAAGAUAAUCAUCGAAUCCAAAAAUAUGAAAAACUUUUAAACUGA